CUGCAACAGUAUCCGGGUUUUGAUUGGACAGCCGCUUCGUCAUCUUGCUACAAUGUAGCUAGUUAAUACGUUUAAUUAGUGUGAACAAAGCAUGCGAAGGGUGACGCUUUUUGUCAACGGAACCUCCAAAAAUGGCAAGGUUGUAGCUGUUUAUGGGACUCUGUCUGAUCUUUUGACAGUCGCCAGCAAUAAAUUGGGAAUCAGGGCUUGUAACCUAUAUAAUGGGAAAGGUGGUCUCAUAGAUGACAUUACCCUCAUCAGAGACGAUGAUGUGCUGUACGUGUCAGAAGGGGACGCUUUCAUCGACCCUCAGAGUGAUGGGAAAACGUCAGAUGACAUCUCAGGAUCGCACACCGAUUGGUUGACGCUGAAUAUUGGUGGGCGGCUUUUUACAACCACUAGGAGUACUCUUGUGAGUAAGGAGCCUGACAGCAUGCUGGCACACAUGUUUAGAGAGAAGGAUGUAUGGGGUAAUAAGCAGGAUGAACGAGGGGCUUACCUCAUUGAUCGCAGCCCAGAGUACUUUGAGCCCAUCCUGAAUUACCUGAGGCACGGCCAGAUCAUUGUCAAUGAAGGAAUAAACUUACUCGGAGUACUGGAAGAAGCUCGAUUCUUUGGAAUAGAGCAAAUGGCUGAACAGCUAGAAGUGGCCAUUAAGAAUUCUCAUCCACCUGAAGACCACUCUCCACUCUCACGGAAAGAAUUUGUUCGGUUUCUGCUGGCUACGCCAACCAAAUCAGAGCUACGCUGUCAAGGUCUUAAUUUCAGUGGAGCAGACCUUUCGCGGCUGGAUUUGCGCUAUAUCAAUUUUAAGAUGGCAAAUCUGAGUCGCUGCAAUCUCACCUAUGCAAACCUGUGCUGCUCAAACCUGGAGAGAGCGGACUUAUCUGGAGCCAACCUGGAUGGUGCUAAUCUUCAGGGCGUGAAGAUGCUCUGCUCUAAUGCAGAGGGAGCGUCACUGAAAGGAUGUAACUUUGAGGAUCCCUCUGGGCUAAAGGCCAAUCUAGAGGGGGCUAAUCUGAAAGGAGUUGACAUGGAGGGCAGUCAGAUGACUGGUAUAAAUCUGCGUGUGGCGACGCUGAAGAACGCUAAGCUGAAGAACUGUAACCUGCGUGGUGCUACAUUAGCCGGCACAGAUCUUGAAAACUGCGAUCUCUCAGGCUGCGAUCUACAGGAAGCCAACCUGCGUGGUUCAAAUGUGAAAGGAGCCAUCUUUGAGGAGAUGCUGACUCCACUGCACAUGUCCCAAAGUGUGAGAUAACCAAUUACAUCUCUCCCUGCCCGGCAACCUCACCACUCACCAGCCAGCUAUUCACAGCUCUCCCUUACCCCGACCCCCCCUUUUCGUUUCACGCUCCUGUGAAACCGUAUGCAAUACUAGCACUUGGUUUGCCCACCCCUUCUCUUUGAGCUUUACUCUCAUGCACUAAUGCACAUCCAGGGUCUGUAGUCAUGGCCAAAAAUAGCGAAAGCUUAGUGUAGAGAAUCCAAAUAUUGGAAAAUGCCGUUUGUCAAACCAAACUUGUUGCUUUUGGUUUUAUUUAUGCUUUGAGUUGAACUUUUGUUCGAUUUUACCAAAUGUAUACAUUUCAUGUUGUGUUUGUCUCAAAUAAUGAAGUCGACAUUUCAGUCAAUCAAAUAUUUCAACCAAAUAUAUCUGUAGUAUUUUAGAUUUAUCAAUCAAUUGUAGGCGGUUUAUGAUAAGGCUUAUUGUUGCACAGCUUACUACAGGUAAAACAAACUCAUAAAUAGUAGCUUUUUAUAUAUAAAAUAUGGAAAAUACCUUAAACAUCUCAUAUAACUGACUGGUCUGGUUUCAAAUAUGCAACAUAAGCAUAUAGCUCUUACAUAUUCUGUUUUCACAUUUACAUGUAAACCAAAUUAAUUGUUUGUUUUGAUUUCUGAUUUGUCGUUUGAUCUACCUCCCUUACAACCCGUUCUAGUUUUAAGUCAGUUUUAGUUUUUGAAACCAUGCAGUCAUGCAAAGAUUUCAACCAAAUGCAAACCACGUUUUACUGCAUUUUUGCAACGCCUAUUAAUUCUUUAAUAACUGUGUAAUAACACUUAGCCAUAGGUUAAUAUGCACAAUAAUUAACCA